UAAUUAUAUUUUCUUGCAGAUAAAAUGGCGCGGGAGAAGUUCAAAGAGUUCAAUGGAUGUAAUUUCCUACGACAGCGGCUUAUCCUUUCUAUUCUGACAUCCAGACCUGUUAAAAUUUCUAAAAUUCGGUACAAGGACGACGAUCCGGGAUUGAGAGAUUUUGAAACUUCUUUAAUCCAGCUACUCGGGAAGAUAACUAACGGAUCCAAGAUUGAAGUGAGUGAGACAGGAACUAGUGUUCUAUGUCAACCUGGAAUCCUGACUGGUGGCAGGAUUGAGCACGAUUGUGGUGUUGAGCGAGGUUUAGGAUACUUCCUUGAGGUUCUACUUGCUCUGGGUCCGUUCUGUAAGAAUCCUCUCCACGUGACACUAACCGGAGUAACUAAUAAUCAGAUAGAUCCCUCCGUUGACCUCAUCAAGGCAUCCUUCCUCCCUGUAGUUCGGAAGUUUCUCCUGGAUGAUGAAGGACUAGAGAUAAAGAUCUUAAAACGAGGAGCUGCUCCUCAGGGAGGAGGACAGGUCCUGCUCAGGUGUCCUGUUAAGAGACAACUCCGUCCUGUCCAGAUUGUUGAUCAAGGGAAGAUCAAACGUAUCCGAGGAACUGCCUGGGCUGUCCGAGUAUCUCCUAGUGUACCGAACCGUGUUGUGGAAGCAACAAAAGGGAUUCUUCUCAAAUUUAUCCCUGACGUCUAUAUUUACACAGAUCAUUUUACUGGAGCUAAAUCAGGGAAAUCACCUGGGUUCGGUCUGACCCUCAGCGCAGAAACAAAUACAGGGAUGAUAUUGUCUGCUGAGGUUUGUUCCAACCCAUCCGGCGGAGAUCCAACAGUCCCUGAGGAACUAGGUGUACUCGGAGCUAAGAUGCUUCUGGAAGAAAUUUACCGAGGAGGAUGUGCGGACUCGAGUUCUCAGAGCCUUGCCGCGCUCUACAUGAGUAUGGGACCUGCAGAUGUAUCCAAAUAUCUUGUUGGACCUCUCUCUCCGUAUACUGUGCAGUUCCUCCGUCAUAUCAGAGAUUUUGUCGAUACAAUGUUCAAACUUGAAACUAAAUCUGAAGAGGAGAAUUUAAGAACUGGAACGGAUAAGGUUCUUUUAACCUGCGUUGGUAUCGGGUUCACCAAUUUGAGUAAAAGAACGACAUAAUUGUAAAUUUUUAUAUCGAUCGACUAUCUGUUAAACUCAAUGGGGCCAUUAUUGAUUAUUGAUUUAACAAAAGCUCGAGUUUGCCGGAUUAUCGAUUAAACUAUUCUAUUCUCUCAGUUAACAAAAUACCUUCAGUAAGAAACCAUGAAUAUUUCAGA